AUGUCGAUCCAGGCGGAAUACGUCGUCAUUGGCGCCGGGCCGGCUGGCCUCGCAGCCGCCGGCUUCAUCGCGAAGGCCGGAGCGCGUGUGGCCGUCUUUGAGGGCCGGCCACGACCGGAAAACGUCUUCGGCUCUUAUCCGGUGGUGCUGAACGCGCGGGGCCUGGCCGCCUUGGAGUCCCUGGACCCGGCGGUGGUCGCGAAGGCGAAGGAGAUCGGCCUGUCCGUGAAAGAGCUGCACAUCGUGCCCGGCAACCGGACCGUCGCGAAAGUGCCCACGUAUGGUACCUGCAUCAUGCGGGACCAGGCGGCCCAGGUGCUCCUGGAGUCCGCAGAGGCCCAGGAGAAGAUCUCCUUCUUCUGGGACCACAAGCUCACAGGCAUCGACUUCGAGACCCACACCUGCACCUUCGAGCUACCGGAUGGCUCCAAGAAGACGGUGGUGGCCCAGCGCCUCGUCGCAGCCGACGGAAACCGCUCCAGGGUGCGGCGCCUCUGCCAGGAGCACGUGGCAGACUUCAGCGCGGAAGCAGAUGACUGGGGCUUCCAGCUCCGCUUCAUGAACUCCAAGGGCGUCGAUGGGCAGACGGAGGUCAGCCCAGACACCCACUUCGUGCUCGGUGACAAGGGCUAUGUUUGCUUGCAGCCAAAUGGCGAGUGGAGCAUCUCCCUGCGGGUCCUGCCCGAAUCGGAUGAGGAGUUCAUCACUGGCGAAGAGGCGACCGACGCCAACGUCCAGAAGCUGAAGGAGUACGUGCAGACUCAUGCCAAGUUCGUGGCCGACAACCUGCUGGAUGACGAGGCCUACCGGAAGUACUACGACUGCCGGGCCUUUGGCGGCGUCGUGGUGAAAUGCUCCUGCCUGAACCCUGCAGGCUGGAUAUGCCUCAUCGGUGAUGCCGCCCAUGCAGUGCAGCCCGCAACAGGCGAAGGCAUCAACAGCGGCUUGGAAGAUGCCUCCGUGCUGGGUGCUGCCCUGAAGGAGCAUGCGGAGGAUCCUUUUGCAGCCUUUGACAAGCAGCAACGGCCAAACGCCUACGCCCUUCAGAAAUUGGCGUUGGAGGCCAAGGAUCGUGUGACGCAGCCUCCCCCCCGACAGCAAGCUGUCAACGUCAUGGUGACGAUCGGUCUCGCCAUGGCCAAGAAGCUCCACAUCAUUGAAGGCACCAAGCAAGAUUUCAUGCUCGGGGAGAAAGCCCAAUCUAUGGGAGUCAAAUCCUACGACGAGCUCGUGUCGAUGGACGAACGGCAGACGAGCAAGAUUCGGCCCAUUGCCAACGCCUUGGCGACAAUUUUCCGAGUUCCAAAGGAGCACCCUCAGGCGCAGAAACAAAGCUAG